CACCCGUAGUAUAUCUGUCCCUCACCAGGAACAUUUUUUUCUGCAGGUCUAAGGCCCGUAUUCUCCGUUUAUCAUGCAAAGCCAAGCUUUGCUAAGCUCGGCUGAAAAAGAAAGCUCGGCUUAAAUGUUGAUGUUAUGCACCGUGAUUAUUUAAGCCAAGCUUUCUAAAGCCUACAAUACAUGUGGCAACGCCGGAAAAGUGGGGAAAUUAUCGUAAUAAAUCAUGCCAUAAGCACAACAAACAUAGAAGAAGAUCAAAUUGAAUGUCAAAAUUGUGAAUUUCAAAAGUUGGGAGAUACUGUAGUUAGUAGUUAGUUUUCGACUCUGAUAUUCUCAGUACUUUUCUAUUCCAAUUUGAAAAUGGCAUCUACAAGCCACAAAAAUCGAGCACCAAAUUUUACCUAUGCGGAAAAAGUGCAUUUGAUGCGUUUAAUUGUUGACAAAUAUGCUGACACCAUUGAAGAUAAAAAAACCGACAGAGUCAGUGCGGCACAAAAAGAAAAAACCUGGGAACUUAUAGAGAGUGAAUUUAAUGCAUCUUCUAGUAGUACUUAUAGAAAUGCAGCAAAUUUGAAAAAAUGCUAUGAAAACAGGAAGAAAGAAUUGAGGAAGUCCUUGGCAGAAGAAAGGAAACAAACCCUUAUGACUGGU